UAUAAAAUCGUUCUCUCCUUUUCUUUUUGUUUUUGUUUUUUGUAAUAUUGAAGUCAUUUUGCCGUCUUCGGGCUUUGGCAAUCCCUGCACUCCCUCUGCCUUCUUCGGUUCAGUGUGAACUUCUUACCUUCUUCGCCUCAGUUCCUCUCUCUCUGCGGGUGUUUUCUCUCUCAUUUUCGCCCGGAGCUGCUGAUUUCGUCCAAAUACUUCUUCUUGUGUGUUUGACGUUUGGAAUGCAGGUUAAUUCCACUCUCUUCCGAGGACAUGGCUGAAGGCAGCGAAGUAAGGGCGUGGGAGGAGCUCAUCCCUGAUGCCCUGGGCCUCAUCUUCAGCAAACUCCCCCUUCAGGAGAUCCUCUCCGUCAUCCCCAGGGUCUGCAAAUCUUGGUCACGAACAGUGUCCGGCCCCUACUGCUGGCAGGAGAUCGACAUCGAUGAAUGGAGCCAGCGCUGCAAGCCAGAGCAGCUCGAUCAAAUGCUCCACAUGCUCAUAGAUCGCAGCUGUGGCUCCUUCCGCAGGCUCAGUGUCUCCGGCCUCCACACUGAAUCCAUGUUCACAUUCAUCGCAGACCAUGCUGGCUCCCUUCAGAGAUUGGAACUUCCGAGAAGUGAAAUGAAUGAUUCAAUUGCUGAACUUGUUGCGCCAAAAUUGUGCAAUUUAACAUACUUGGACGUCAGCUACUGCUCAAAGAUUAGUGCUCGUGCCAUCGAAGCAUUUGGCAAACAUUGUAGGUCCCUAGUUGUCUUCCGGCGUACAAUGCAUCCAGCAGAGGUCCUCAGGGACUUCGACUGCCAUGAAGAAGAGGCAUAUGCCAUUGCCAAAACAAUGACCAAGUUGUGCCACUUGGAAAUGUCCUACCAACCCUUGACGACACGAGCUAUACUCGAAAUCCUCUCCAAGUGCAGGAAUCUCAAGUACUUAGACCUAAGAGGUUGUUGGGAUGUGAAACUAGAUGAGAAGUACCUGAAGGAGAGGCACUCCGGUCUCAAGGUGCUGGGACCGGACAUUGUCGACCGAUAUGAACAAAGCUUUUGGAAUGACUGUGCGGACUCCUACUCAGAUUCUUCUGUAUACUCAUGGGAGUUUAUGGUUGACGAUGAAGAUGGCUACGAAGAGGCUUUUGAUGAUGAUGAUGUCAUUUGGGAAAAUGAGAAUGGAAUUCAAUUGGAUGGUUUUCAAGUAAGGUUCUAUGGAGGUGACUUCAGUGACGUAGUCACUGGGUUUGAUUGGCCUCCGUCUCCAUGAGUAUGCUCAAUGCUUUUAAGUAUAUCGGAUAGUUUCGUUGCUGCAAUGCUUGCCUUUUUCUACCCAUAAAAGUCUGUCACAUAAUGUAACUAAAAGGUUUGAAUCCAUUGUAACUUUGCUUUGCCUGUCGAAUGGGAUUGUGAACGAAUGUAGAAUCUCUUCUUUCGAUUCUGCAAUCUGAUUAAGAGUUUACCGCAUCGACAAAUCAUGUCUCUGGUUUACUGUAUAAUCUGAAGAACUGAUAUAUGUAAUAAAAUUUGUUUUUUUUCCUUCA